GCGAUAGACCACAAAGGCUUUUGGUAUUGUGAACUUUGGUUAACUCGCGUUCAGUGGUGUCCUUGAUGCUAAGGCAAGAUGGGUUACUGGGAUAUCGAAGAGGGUACUCAGUGUGUGGCUAAAACAUGGAUUACAACAAAAAUGGGCACUGCUUUGGGACUUAUGGGCUCAGCCUACAACAUUGUGCUCUACCAACCUGCAACUACCCUUGAGGCAGUUCAGAGGGCCACUUCAGUCACAACCACAAUGGCUGCGCUAGGGGCAGUUUUUGGAAUGGCCACAUGUCUGAGUGCACAGGCGAGGGAGGCCCCAGAUGAUCCUGUAAACUACUUUGUUGGUGGCUGCGCCUCAGGAAUCUUCCUAGGAGCUCGAACGCACAGUGCUAUCAAUGGAGUAUCGGCAUGCCUUGGUUUGGGCACAUUGGCCCUGUUCACCAAGAUCGGGAAGAAAGAAGGCUGGAAAAUAAGCGGCCCUCCUGUCGUGUAAACAUCCCACGUCUGUCUGUAUAUGUUUUACUGUAUGUACAUUGUUUAUGGAAUUAAUAAACUUAGAGAGUCUUGA